UGCGCCUGCGCGCUGGGGACAACCGUUGCAGGGCGCCCACGGCCCUGAGGGGGGACGGUCGCCGUAGACACCCUCUCUUUUCGGCCCUGAGGUACCCGGCCUAGUGGCCCAGGACGUUCCGGUCGCAUGGCGGAGUGCUGCGGACGAUGCCCAUGAAGUUCUUAGUCCUUCUAGUUGCGCUGUUGCUGUGGCCUUCGUCCGUGCCGGCCUAUCCGAGCAUAACUGUGACGCCUGACGAAGAACAAAACUUAAAUCAUUAUGUAGAAGUUUUACAGAACCUAAUACUAAGUGUUCCUACUAGGGAGCCAGGUCCUGAGAAAAAAUCGAAGUCUCCAAAUAAUGUUCAUUCUAUAGGACCGAAGGUAUCAAGAUUAAAGGAGAUAAUCACACAUGGAGACGUUUCUACUGAAAAUAAUGUUUUAAUCAAUCGUAUCAGUGAAGACACCACAGCUUCCCCUACUGGAGGCUUCACACUGGAAGUAGAGAAGAAGAAAACUACCAAAAGUACAGCAUUCUGGUCGAUUAAACCAAAAAAUAUUUCUAUUGUGUUACACACAGAUGAACCGUUUAUUGUAAAAGAGCCAGAGCCAGAGCCGGAACUGGCACGAACUGAGGCACCAAAGCCACGGCCAAACGUUACUGAGACAUCCCCAAGUCCAGAUGUCACCUCAGGCCAACCGUUUAUUACCUCUUCAAGUAGGAGCACUGACGUGGAUACGGUCACAGAACUAGAAGAUGUUCCUCAGCUCUCAGGUGAAUAUGAAAUGGAAAAAUCGGACGCACUAACAUUUGAAAAACGCCCACAGAUUCUGAGUAUUGAAGACAUUUUGAAAAAAAUUUCAGAUAUUCAUUCACAGGUACAACGGGUACCUCUUGCUGAGAGCCUCAAGCCAGAAUACAGAGAGGACAUUCGAGCCUCUAGAGAGCACCUAAAACGGAGCCUUGCUUUAGCAGAAGCAGCGGAACAUAAACUACAAAAGAUGUAUAAAUCCCAGCUGUUACCACUAGGACAAAGCAGUGACACUGGAAUUGAUGACGUUGAAACUGUUAUUAACAUGCUGUACAAUUCCAGAUCUAAAUUGUCUGAAUAUUUAGAUAUUAGACAUGUUCCGCCAGAAAUGAGAGAAAAAGCUACUACAGUAUUCAAUACAUUGAAAAAAAUAUUAUGUGUAAGUCAACUAGAAACUCAAAACCUUAUUAGGAAGUUAUUAAACAAUAAUAUAAAAAUUUUAAACCUACUUGAUGUUCCACGACAAAGUUGAUUUAAGCGAACUGUGCAUUCAUUUCACUGGAGAAAUAAACAUAUUAGUGAUUCACAAGUUGUAUGAAAAUAUUUUCUAUUGUUCAAUGUGCUAACAUCUUUCCAUGUCAUAUAUUAUAAAAAAUUUUCAUAUGCAUGAAAGCCUAAUAAUUUAAAAUAAAAUUUUGGUUCAGGAGUUUGUAGUUUUUUCUCAUUAAUUAACUUUAAAAGUUAUGAAGAUCUUUGAUUUUACUUGAAUAGAUUAGUUAAAUUCACCCAUUUUAUAAGAGUUAAGAGACCAUGUGCAAUCUGUAUGUAGCCUGUUUUAAAUAAAUGAAUAUAAAUGUAAAAUUUUAGGAUAUAUGGUCUUUAUUACUCUUUGAGAGAAUCUGAGUUUUCUCUCUGAAUAACAAAGUUGGAACUUGAAUCAGCACUUUUAUUUGAAUAUCUGUCUGCCUCCUUUGAAAGGUGGAUGGUAUAUGAAGAUACGUCCCUGUUUCUUUGUUGUUAAGUACUUUUGGAGUAUCAGUGAGUGGUUGUAACUUGGAUUUGUAAUAUAGCCAUUCCUAUGAUUGCUGAGAAGCAUUCGUGGAUUUUAAGCAAAAGAUGGGUAUGAUCAAAUUUGUGUUUUUAAAAAAACCACUCUGGCUGCAGUUUUGGAGGCAGACAAAAGUAGAAGUGCACUAAGCAAAGGCCAAAUUUAGCUUGGACUAGUUCGAAAUAAGUGUUAGUUUAGAAGUAGAAUCAACAGUAUUUGGUGAUUGCAUGGACAUAGAGACUGAGAGAGUAGCAGGGAUCAAAAAUAAUUUCUACACAAUUAGCUAGAUCAUAAAAGGACCACGUAGGUUUUGUUUCACAAUAACACUCUUUACUGUUUCCUGUUGCUUGUUUUUCUUUAUUUUUUAAUUUUGUGUGUGUGUUGCUUAUUUUUAAAAUUAAUUUUACUCUGGAAGAUUUCAAACAUGUGAAAAAGUAAACAGAUUAAUGUAAUAGAUCUAUGUACCUAAUGUCCAG